AUGAAUCAGGACCAUGAUUGGCGAGAACUAUUACAUUAUCAAGACUGCCCCUCGGAAACUCAGGAUGCUGUCGGUGAUCAGGAUGACCGGCACCCCUCAGAUGACAAUCCGGUGGAAAAUUUGUCAAACUCUAUCAAUGCAGCAGCAAGUAAAAUAAAGCCAGGGGAGGAACGAGUCGUAGAUGUCGACAAUAGUCCGCAACAGACCGAAACUGCCCAUCGGGAUGUCACACAAGUGAGUCGACAACAUGACCAGUCCAGUAGUGUCGAGCUGAAGAUGGCGGAGCGUACCAAAGAAAAAGUAGCACACAACAUUGGUAAGUCGCAGGAUACAGAAAAUAGAUCUGACGGCAAAGAGAAGGAGCAUACAUCAGAGAACCACAAUAUGUUACAGAGGGAGGAAGAACAUGUGGCGGCUAAACCGGAUUACUCUAUCGCCGGAGAACAUACAGAGAAGAAUCUCGAUACUGUAGAGGACACAUCAUCACCGACUGCUAUAGGCGAGGAGGUGAUAGGUGUGACCGAAAAGUCUGCACAGCAGGUAUUUGGUGAUGCUGGAAGUGUAUAUCUGUCAGUCGACGUGCAGUGCACUGGGCAACCUGGUCUUGUGGACGACAAGAAAUUUGGCGGCAAAUCUAAUGCUCCUGAGGCAUCGCCCGAAGGUGUUAAGGCGGAACUCGAUGGCGAGAUUAAGAGCGCAGAGAAAAAGAUAAAGAGCCAAGAGAAUGCGCACGGGACUAGCACAGGGGCAGGGCUUAGAAGUCAGCUGUUGCCGACAUCCAUGCAGAAGGCUGCGGUAACGGAGUGUUCGCUGGAGCCAGAGAACGAGCAAAGUGACCAGAGUAUGCCAAAUGGAGCGGGCAAGCCCGAAUUUGAAAGCGUACGAGACCAUAGUGAUCAGGGUAAGAUUAAUCUUGAUUUCAAAGAGGCCAUGCUGCAAAGGGAUUCCCUUUUGAAAUUGCAGGAUAUUGACAAAUUGCAUAGUAUAGAGGAUAAUUCGGCGGAGCAUUCUGACCACGCGCAAAGAGGAAAUGAAAUCAAUGUGCGUGUUUCAAAUUUAUUGAGCACACGUGGGAGCCUUAAAAUUGAUCGAAAAUCACUGAGUACGGAGGGAGGACAGUCCGAGCAGAUCAAACGAGAGUAUGUCGAAGAUAACACACAAUACGACAAGACUGAGAAGCCACUCGAAUCACACAUAGGUCAACUCUCGACCCAAAUUUCAAAAUUGGGUCCAAAGGAGCAGAUUGCAGAAAGACAGUCUUCAGAGAGGAAGCGAGCGCUCAGCGAUACUCUGGCUGAGGAAUCACACAAGAUGCAAAAGGGGGACUCUCAGCAAGGCACACAGAAUACACAGGAUAUGGUCGAUGCGAAGGCAUUACAAGUGAUCAGCCUUGAAAAGUGCAGGAGUCAGGAUACGGUUGAUUUUAGCAAUGCCGCGCGUGUUCAGAGCUACAGUGCGGAGCAUAGUCCGGAUCGUAUGCACUUGGGAUCAAUGAGGCGACAAGAGCCGACCUACAAGACAUCUAGUAGUAUCGAAAGAUUAAAGGCUCUAGAUGCACUUCAGGAUAUAGAGAACGCGCAAGAUGUCGCGCGCAAUGAGGGGCCAGGAAAGUCGUAUCGCACACAGGAGCCGAUUCGUUCUACACACCGAGCAGCUGCCAGGGAAGCAUGGCAAGAUACGGAUCAUGGACGCUCCAAGCAGAUCCACGAUAGCAUGCACAAACUACGGGAAGUCGAGAGAAUGCAUAGUAUAGAGCGGAUACAUGAGAUGCGGUCUGCCAAUUCAAUACCGUCGGAUAUGGAUCAUAAAGGUGACAAAAGUGCAAAAUCUAUACUAAGCGGGAGGGAGAAAUACGGAGGCGGAACGCAAAGUAGAGGACAGUAUGACAUAGAAGAGGUAAGGUCCCAGAUGUAUGGCAUUAGACAAAUGCAGGUCACGGAGCCAAUGCAUGCUUUAAAAACAGCCCGCGCGUCGGAGAAAAUGCAGAGAUUUGACAAUGCACACGGUGCGCUAAAGCCGAAAAAUAUAUUUGACGCGAGGGCAAUCACCGAACUCGUACUGAACGAGCGAGAUUCAGAACGGCCACACUCGGCAAAAAGAUCCGGAGAGGCCGCAGACAACUCGCGCAGACUUGAGAAACCUUCGGUGUCAGAUGGAUACCGUCCGAGUGACCUGGAGAGAGUACUAGGGGCCGACAAGCUACGGGACUUUGAGGAAAUGCAGAACAUUGAAAACCUGCCGGUUCCGGAGAAAACGUCACACGGAAACGCAAACAAGGAUUGGCUGCGAGAUUCGGAAAGGGCCCGAGUUGGCGAAGAUUACCGGGGCUUCGAGCGAGUUUUCGGCCCGUCUAGUGCACACUAUGGCGGGAAAGGGUCGCGUUUCGAUAGUAGGCCUUACAGAGAUGAGGUACACGGCACCGAGAGAGAACAUGCUAUGGAGCGACAGCAAGAUUACGGGACGUUGCAGAUGGCGAGUAGAGGCGGUAUUCAGGAGGUCGAUAGAAAUUCCUCGGACGGCCUGCAGGAUUCUGCGAAGACAGCUCUUGUGCUGGACAUUUUACGGCGACGCGAGAUGGAGAGACUAGAUCCGGAGGGAACACACGGCAGGUCGGAUGUACCACGUACAGAACCAAUGAAUACCAUCCCUGCUGACACGAGAAUGAGAUGGAACGAGGAGCGUUGGCGAGACGUUGAGAAGGCAUCCAGAAUGCAGCAUGUGCGCGACGAAGAAGUACGAUCGCAACAGAUGAAGCGCACACCACGAGACAGCGAAGCGAUACGUCAGGUGAAUAUGUUGCAGUGUAUACAGAAAAUGCACGAGAUGGAGGGCAUGCAAGACAUCGAGAAAGAGGACACAAAGGGCCGUCGCGAGGCGACUGUCGGUCAAAAACCAUCGAGUAUUAGCGAUGCGCGUGUGAAGAAGAAAGCGAAAAAGGACGAGAGUACGGCGAAAGCGACCGCUGGGGCUGGCAACGGCAAGGCUGGGAGGGGCGCCAUUCUCUCGUUGAACGGAGCGAAGCCCUUUACUCUGAAGAAAAACCAGAACACUAAUACAAUGGGAGCGGGCCUGAACAAAGGCAAACCGCCUAUGGACACCAAAUUGAUACCAUCCACCGCCUCGGCUUCAACAUUGGAAGCAAGUAAUGCCGUGUCACCGAACCUUCCGAAGAUCAGUAAGCCUUUCCCCGACCGGUCUGUGAGCAACUCAACCGUUCCCCUUGAACCAGAGGACUUUGUUCUGCGCAAAGAAAGCUGGGAGGUGGAACAGGAUUUACUCGAGCAGGCUGAGGCACCCACCGCGGUUAUCACACCCAAACACCCAGCCCUGGGCAAGAAGAAGAGCAAACCCCGCAAGAAGAAUAUCUCCAAGUCAAUGCGGGACUUGAGCGAAAGGAAAGCCUCAGGCACUUUAGGCUCGGGCGAGGCUGGCAAGAAACGUACCGUCUCGGCCAAGGGUCGAAGUGUAUCGGCGCUAGACCCGAUGGUCCCAAAGAUAUUGUCACCCCAGGUGACGACAAAAAGGACCCAAUCAAAUGAGGAGAUGCAGAAACUGCUCUACCCGGCAGGCGAUAAGAUGCAGAAACUGCUCUACCCGGCAGGCGAUAAGAUGCAGAAUAUCAUGGAAGGCCGGAAAAGUCAUGUAGUACGGCAGAGCGGAGACUGGGAGUACGAGCUAGAGAUGGACGGGCACGUGCGAGUGGCCCGACUCCCGGGAACGAGUUCUGCUGGCGAACAAAGACUGCAGAGGACAAUAUAUGGCAGCGCAGAGGAAAUGGCACGCGAACUCGUACCUCAGUCUCAGUCACGCGAACACGUACCUGAGUCUCAGUCACGCGAACACGUCGAGUCGCACAACAGCUUGGGUGCGGGCCCGGAUGGCUCGCUGAGGAGGGAGCAGAAAUCCGACAUGUCCCAGUACAAUCCAGAAAUUGAUCACAUACUCGGUGACCGGUAUGAAGAAGUGCAGGACAGCAGUAGGCAGAAUCAGGUGAACUGCCCGCCGUUUACUUUCGUCAGAAAGGUGUCACCCCCGAUGUCACCGCCAUUAGCACGUAUCGCGGACAAAGGUUGGUCUUUUCUGGAUUACGAUCCAUCUAAUCGAGAGCGCGGCACGAAGCUGGCUGACCAGACGGCAUCGAACACAAAGUCGGAACGGACUCCAAGUCCACCAUUGUUAUCAGCUCAUCAACCUCGUGCCUUAACCACGUCUCCGCAUAUGGCAGCCUCGCUAAUGGCUGCGAAGGGCGAGGAUGCUAUGGAUAGGCAGGGGGGAAAGUUCCACAGAGAUCGCGAACGCCAUCUCGCCGGUGAGCAGAUGGGCAGGGGAAACAUGACUGGGAGCCACCGGAUGCAUAGCCGGGAGCGUGGCCGGUCACCGACCGUAACCUCGCCGUGUGCCACCAAGUACAGCCAUAACAGAGGCGAUGGGCAGAGAAGACCUCAGUCACCGUAUCAGCGAGAGCUCAAGCAGCAGCAUUACGAUCGGGUGAAUAGACCAGAGUAUUAUCCCGGCCAAGUUGAACGGAAUCGUUCGCCACUCGGCGAUCGCAUAGUCGGCUCUCCGCGAGACAUGGGUGUCCUGGCGAGUAGCAAGUACAGUGCCUUGGACUCGGGCAUGAGAGGAGUGGACUCAAAUGUGAACACAAUUAGAGGAGGUGGAGGAAAAUCCGGGAGUACUGAGCGAGGAGUGGAGGGUGCGGCACAGUUGGUUGCAAAAGGCCAUCGCAAACCGUGGGAGCCUCGCAGUACUGUUCGGCACGUCUCGGUUGGCAGCCUUCCCCAAAAAAGAUCACAUUCGCCUCAGUUCGUUCUCGGUAACAGGAUCCGAGAGCCUUUUGUGAGGCGCUCGAUUUCUGCCAAGGACACGACCAGCAAUUGGGCGAAGCAACACAACGAGUUCAAGCACGGCGACGCGAGCGAUGCUUUCAUGGGUGGUAUGAAAGGGUAUCCUGGGGAUGGCGUAUACGAUCGCGUGCAAGCACGUGUUGACCGACUGCAAGGAUGGGGAGAGGACCGUACAGGAGACCGUAUGAACGAUCGCGAACGUCUUGACGAGGCGCCGUAUCGACAUGGUGGCAUGCGAGAACUGGACAGUUAUCCAGACAGCAGACUGAACCAAUCGUUGUUCGAUGGGGGCAGGGAUGGAGGAAAGUCAUACACGGGACGCGAUGACGAGUAUCCUAGGAAUGAAGAGAUGUAUGCGAGGCGUGGUGAGGAUGCUCUUCCUCGAGGUGUUGAUUUCUAUUUAGACAGAGAUAUGCACGCUAACCAGCAAGCGCACCUGACCGCACGGCAAGCGCCGAAUCGCCGCAAGUUCGAGCCACAAGCGAAACCGGUGGAAGUGAUGACUCUGGCACCGGGCAUCCGAAGAGAGGAAUCGAUCUACAAUCCGUUUGAGAACACGCGUGGCAAGUUAGAGCCUGAGGAGAGAUAUACCCAUAAGGUGCACGCUGGUGCUGGGUUUGACCCGCACUCUGUCCGCGAGCGCGCCCUGGGUGGUAUGUCGGCUGGUGACAAAUACGCUGCGACACGCGAGACCACGGAGAGUAGCAAAUAUGCAGAGCUAGACAUCUACGAUGCUAAGGUGCCAACACAUCCACACCCACCCGGUGCUCGUGAACCAGCCAGCAGAAUCGCUGGCAGGCGAGAUGAUGAUAUUGACGCCAUGCACGGCAGUAUGCGUGACGAUGUGCGGGGGGAGAUGCGUGGGAAUGGGCUUGGCUUCCAUCAUUCCGACCCUGCAGACAGAGGCGGUCGGCUGGAUACGGCCGACGGGGAUGAGUUCGACCGCGACCGUGCCAACAAGUCUUUUGCGAGGGUUGGCGAGCUUGGCGAGGAGAGAGCAUUUCUCCCACCACGCAGGCCGCAUUCCACAUCUCCCAGACAACCGUAUAAGCAGGGGCGGUUGAGCCCCAACGAGCUGUAUAGCGAUGCGGAGUCACGCCAAGAGAGGCAACGGAGCCUGCGCGAGCUCGAGUACCAGCGAAGGCAGGAGAUAGAACUUUUGCGCCAAGAGACUAAAAUGCGACAGCUGGAUAUUUUGCGACGAGAACGCGAGCUGCAGGAGAUGAGUAGACUGCACCAGCAGCAAGAUGCCCAAGAUUUGCGACAGGCGAGUCGGUCGCAAAUAGAUGGUUUUCGCUCGCGCGUGGACAGGGAAGACCUUGUGAAUGAGCGAACUGCAGGGAAAUUCGUGGAGAAAGAUGAAGGUCCCCGGCUUAUAAACGACGAAGCUUAUCGACGCCACCAGGAGGUAUAUCGCAGGCAAGAGGACGAGAGGCAGAUGGGUAGUAGUGGUGCCGCAUACCAGGACAUGAUUGACGAGGAUCAGCGACGCGGACCGCACAACAACUCGGAGUCACAGAAACUGGGCAAGGCAUUACCACAGCGUGCGAGUACGCCGGGAAAUGCGGGCGAAGCUGGGAAUGUGAAUGGGACUGCGAUGGCCAAUGGGGGGGCUCAGGGGCAAGUGAAGAAUGGUGCGGGGAAUUCGAACCCUGAUGGCACGGAUCAUCUGACCGGGGAGAGACGAUGGCUGGGGGAGCGAAGACAAGAUGCAUCACACCAGCAGCGAGGUGGCUCGUCUCAACUGCAACCCACAUUAAGCAGACCACCACACCCGCAAGGAAUCACAUCGGCGCAAACAAAGGCCGCCGGAUCAGCGAAUGCACAGUCACUCUCUGAUCGAGAGAAGGCGAGACUCCAGAACUUCGCUAUGUUUGACAAGCACAUGGCUAAAGGGCCAGUCAUGUUCAAGGCGACAGACAGUAACAUGCCAUCGCGUCGCGGCACCGAGACAACAGUAGCAGACAGUCCCCGUGUAAGUGCUUACCGUGGUAGUCCGAAGGAACCUGUGCUGAAACGAGAAGUUUUGCAGAAGAGUGACAGUUGCGUCUGCCAAUGGGACGAAUGUGGGCUGCGUUGCCGUUCCGGGAGUGCCCUUCUGCAGCACAUCUGGCAGCACAUCAACAAUUCACGCGCAAUCUCUAUGCGCAACGGAGAGGGUGUCCAUCCGUGCUUCUGGCAUGGUUGCAGGGAGAGGUUCAAUACCACAUCGGCCUUGAGUAAGCAUGUAUCCAUCCAUGUAAUGCAAUUCGACAUGGAUGAGAAAGACAAUGCUGAGCACACGCAGAUGAGUGGGGCUAAGAAUGGGUAUGCGUUGCAGUGCGCAUGGUCUGGUUGUGGAAAGGUUUGCCGGUCGGCCAUCGCAUUGACACAGCAUACCGCGAUGCACCUGGCAGAUGCAGGUAUAGCUCCAAAGAGUGUUAGUCAGAACUAGUCUUCAGGUUAGCGUAAGUCUAUGUACAUAUGUAUAUAUGUAUAUAUAUAUAUUUAUAUAUCUAUAUAUACAUACAUACAUACAUACAUUUAUUCAUACAUACAUAUUCUAUAUAUAUAUAUAUGUAUAUAUAUAUCAUGUGUAUGUUUAUAUGUAUUGUAUAUAUUCUUUUGGAAAGCCAGAGUAUCCAGAUGUGAAAUGACAAAAGCUUCUGCAAAGCAGCCAGUACGUAGAUGCUUAAAUACAAAUCGAUAUAUUCAAAGGAUCAAGAUAUUU